GUGAUCUUGGAGCCCAGGAAAAUAAAAUCUGUCACUACCUCCAUUUCUUCCCCAUCUAUUUCCCUGGAAGUGAGAGGACCGGAUUCCAUGAUCUUAGUUUUCUUGUUUAUACUGGUGUGGAACUAGGUACCCAGGUAAGCUUGCACAAUCCCCCUGCUAAGGUAUUUGUAAUGUAUGCCACCAUAUGGUCAAGGGAAUAAUUUUCAACCGGUUUCUGGUCAGUCCAGCCUCCCUUAUCAUACUUUGCCCUGUUAAGCGCAGUUGGGAUCUUGAUGUUCUAUUCCCUCCUCCCCCGGUUUAUUACUAUCCAGCCAUAUAACAAAAAUACCAACAAGUAGGAAGUUUUACCUGUGUUACAAAGCACGACAACCCCAGACUCUUGUUCUGUAAUUCUUUCCCUCUUGUAGCAAGAGAGUAAGAGAACAGGCACUAAAACGCAACAGAACAAAUUGCAUGCAACACAGUUGCACACUAUUUUCAGUAUUGCCAGCUUUGAGUCUCUUUCCUCCCUGUUAUCACAGUAACUUAAUAAUCUGACUUUCUUCCUCUUGCAAGGAACCCACAGUGGCUUACAGCAGCCUCAUGAUGUAUGUUAGACUGAAAGUGUGUGCUUAGUCCAAUGUAAUCCAGUGAAUUUCAUGACUGAAUGGGGGCUAGUAGAUCUGAGAACCACUCCAGUGCUCUAACUGCUAUACCACACUGGCUUUUAUGUGUGGAAUGAACAGUAUCAUAGAUGCAUAGUAACUCAGGUUUUUGUGUUGGCAAUUCCUUCUGUCACCCAGCCCAUUCAUUGACACACAUGUUCUUUCCCCUUCCCUCUCUUCUUUCAAAUGAUACACAAAUUACUUCAUCCAUUCACAUACCCUUCUGUUUCCCACUUCCCCUGCUUAGUCCGGUUAACUUAUGUUACGCUCAUGUUGUCUCCUUCCUCUGGGUCACAUAAUACGAACAGACCUCCUCCAGCGUCCCACUAUUGUUUGUCUGUUUGUUUUAUAAACUCUGUUUGCAGGCCAGCAUGUGCUCUCUGGGUGGUGCACAAUUCCACUAUAAAACUAACAAUAAAAUCAACUCCAUAAAGUAAUACAAUACAGACAUCUCCAUAGAUUUAACUAAAGAUUAUACAGGUAUAGUAGCAAUUAUAGUAUAUAAUUAAAAUUUGUAAGAAUAUAUAUAAAUCAGUAUUAAAAUAUCUGAAAAAUAGAACUGUCUUUGCCCGGUGCCAAAAUGCUAGUAAUGAAGGUACCAGGUGAACUUAUUUAGGGAGCCCAUUCCAAAGAUGGGGUACAAUCACUGCAAAAGCCGUCCUGUUUGCCAUCCCCUUCACCUCUUUGAGAGAUGGUUCUUUAAGAAGGGCCUCUAACCCAGAUCUUACCAGAGAAGAAGGUACAUGUAAGAAUAGAUGGUCCUUCAGGUAUGCUGGUUCCAAGCUGUUUAGGGCUUUAUAUGCCGAUACAAACAUUUUAAAUUGGGCCCAGACUUCAACUGGUAGCCAAAGCAAAUGGAAUAAUACCUGCAUAAUAGAGACAUGCAGAUUAGCUUUUGUCUGUAGCCACACAUCCCUAUUUUGAAACAAUUGAUGUUUGUGGUUUGUCUUCAGAUGCAGCCCCACAUGGAGUGUAUUACAUAGUAAAAUUGGGAUGUUACCAGAGCAUGGGUAACUGGCCAGCUUCCAUCUGUCCAGGUAUGGCUGUAGUGGGUAUAUCAACCACAGCUGAAGGAAGGCACUCCUGGCCACUGUGUCUGCCUGAGACUCAAGUGAAAGUGGUUGGUUCAGAACUACUAGUGUGAAUGCCAUGCAGUAUUCCUCUUUUAAACACGUGGUUUUUCAGUGUUCAUGGUUUUUAAAUGCUUCUUCAUGGUUCCUGUGCAGCACACACAUGGUGGUCCUGUGUCUGUGCAGUGCCAUUCAAAAAUGCCAAUCUUUUGGCAGUCUGGUAUGCAUUCUUCUGAAUGUUGCUCAUGGCUUCUGUUUGAGGGAUAUAAUAGAAUAGCAGAGUUAAAGAGAAUUUGGUGAUGUCUCCCAAAUUGUAUGGUGAUUGAGCAAUUUGGCCAUAUUUUUUUCUUUUUUUAAUUUCUCUUUUGUAGGUUUUUUUUUUAAAUCUUACCAUGUUUUGCUUUUUUAUUUUCUCAGUGUUCUCCUGGCAUUCCCAAACCUAUUUGAUUCAUUUUCUUGGGAUGGGCCCUCUCUAUGUUUUCUUUGUCCGGGAUAGGGGCAUCUAGUUAAUGCGUGCCAACACUACCAGAAUUUUACAUCACAGAUUAAACAAAGCUAAUGCUCCUGCUUAAGAGCCUUACUCUGGGAAUAGGUUCUUCCAACCAAGAAGUCUGGAGCUUAAAACAGUCUGUUUAGCCCACUGCAUCCAGGCUCUGUUCUCACCUGGAAGCUGUAAUUGCCUCCCUCAGUUUGAGAAAGGUUUUAUCAACUUUGGGGCCUUUGAUGUACUUAGGUCUGUCUGUUCUCAUGAAUGAUACUGACUGCCUCAUUUUGAUCCCAUUAGUUCUAACUGUGUCUGGCACAACUCUGUCAUUGCUACUCCUUUAUACGAUGUGCCAGAGGGUCUCUCAGGUUGUUUUUAACACCAGGGAAAUCUUUUGUCCUGAGUUGGAUUAAGAAGCCUAAGACCAAGCACUUUCCUUGCAGAGAGCAGAAAAAAAGGGGGGAGGGGACAGACUAUCACCCAUCAGCCAAGUUACUAUCAAUGCCAAUCCAGUUGCCUUUGGUACUGUAGCAACACUUGCACCUGAAUACAGGGUACCCAGACUUUCCCAACACCUUCUGAAAUAUUGAACCACCUAGCACGUUUUAACUUCCUCUACUGAAGAUGAUGCAGGACUCUUUAACUUUGUUUUCACCGAAGUGUACAUGCUUUUAAACACUUUCCUGGCCUAGAGUUGUGUUUUUCUGCAAUUUCAACCACAUGGUCUGGACCAAAUUGAUGUAGAUGUCUUUUGAGUGAAGAUACUUAUUUGCUUUAUUUCAAUUCUUCCAAAAUACUUGGCUGGCAUUUGGUCAAUUAAUUGCACCAGAUUGUAGAGCAAAUAACAUGUAAGUAGGAGAUGAACAGAAAGGGUAUCUCUUUGAGAAAAAAUCAAGUAAAUGAUGUUGCUGCUUUACCAUAUCUAAUUGCUCACUCUUUUACCAGGAGAGUCAUCUGUUUCUAGACUUUGUCUACCAACAAGCAGGAAUUUUUAUUUUUAAAACUCCUGAACUGUUGGAAUAUUUAAUCAAACACUGCAUAACAGCAAAGAAGGUGAGCCAGUGGCUACAGGGCUCACUCCAAUGGAACUGAAACUAGAGUUCUCACCAUUAGUAACUACAAAGGUUUAAACCUUAAAUCCUACUUUACUCACAUUUUAUGUUAUUCAGUAGAACUUAUUUUUUUAGUUCAUAUGGACAAAACAAUAUUUUUCAUUCUGUGCUUGAGUGUACAUGUGUAAAAACAGCAUAGCUGUUAACUGAAGCUGACUUUGAAAUUGGAUGCACUAGGAAACUUUGACUACUAAACGGCUUCAGUAAAUUAAGCUGAAACAUAACAGUUAAGGUGGUGAGUGUGUAGAACACAGAUUCAAAGCAUAUGAGCUGUCAUGUGCUUAUCACAUCAUUGGUUCAUCUAGCCUUAUAUUGUCUGUUCUGUGUGUAUUCUGCUCACUGCUACCCAAACUUCUUUAAUUGGAGAUGCUAGGGAUUAAAUCUGAAACCUCUUGGUUGCAAAAUAUAUCCCUUGCGUCUGAGCCAUUGCUGAAAACCAAUAGAUUAAGGAAAAAUCAUCACUUGAACAUAGGAACCUACCUUAUAAUGAAUCAGACUACUGACUCAUUUACUUUUGUCUGGUAGCUUUCUGAGGUCUUAGACUUAAUUAGUACUGCUACCUUACAUCCCAUGUACUAGGUCAUAGAGAGAGCUUUCAGGCAUCUUUGUGGAAAUGAGGUUAGUCUCUUUGGAUUAUUGAAAAUAUUUUAUCAGACGUGCAUAAAAAGAUGAUCUUAAGAUAGCGGUUUAAGUGCCUCAAGAAUAGUAGUCCCAUAUGAACUUGCCUCCAGUCUUGUAUAUGCAAUGUGGAUCUCAUGAAUAUGAUACAGGCUAACAAUCUCUUAUGCUGCAGGUUAAUUAUAGGAAAUGCUGAUUUGUAAGCUGGAGGGUAGAACUCCCAUCUUUGUGGCUUAUCUGGGAGGGCUUCCAACAGGCCAACCUCUAGACUAGUACUAGAUGGAGGAUCUACUUUAUCAUGCCUUUCCAGGUGUGAGCUGGGAGAACAGGUAGCUGGGAUGGAGAAGUUGUUAAGUUUCAAAAGUUAGAGGGACUGUUAAGCUGGCAGCAUUGUUUCUUACUGCUUUUUUGCCAUGUUUGUUGGCUUUCUUGUGCAUUUCCUUAGCAUUAGCAUUUCACUCGCUCAAUCCCCUCAUACCCUUUUGUUUCUUCUUCCUGUUUUUGCUCUCUCUUCUACAUCCCUGGCCCAUUUCUCAUGUAUGUAUCCCAUUUUUCCUUCCCUUUUUCCUUUUCCAUUGUUCACUUUUGUACCAGAUGUUUAGACCUUUCUGCAGUUAUUCUUUAAAUGAAAGAGCUACCAUUCAGUUGUCUGCUCUAUGGGAAACAGCAAAGUAAUUGCUAAAUUCAGUGAAUUUAACAAAAUUUCAAGUGUUACUGUAUUCAAAAUUGAUUUAAUGAUUAAGAGCCAAUUAGCAUUAACUUGAAAAUUGAACCUUUCAGGGAACAUUUAGUGGCCAUGUAUUCUUAUUGUAAACCCUGAAGUUUUUUAACAUUAACACAUACAGGUACGUGAUGAUUUUUCUCAUUUGGGCUAUUUUUUUCAGCCUGUUCUGACUGCUCAAGAGAGGCAGCUUUGUAUUUUUAGUAUCACUUUAUCCUUGAGUAAAAUAGGUCUUGCUUCUAAGCAUUCCCCACUAGCUGUUGGUAAUUUAUUAUUUAUUUCAUUUUUAUACCACCCGAUAGCCUCCUUUUACAGUGUUCCUCCCAAAAUACCAUACACAGUCCUUUUUGAUGGCAGACCAUGUUUCAUUCUGAUUCACUACUGCAGGCAUUAAUGGUACUUCCUACCAGAAGUCAUAAGAUACAGGAACUGUAGCAGAAGAGGAACUUAACAGGAAUAGAAAGGCUCUGGAAGCUGAUUGUCUUCAGCAGCUGCAAAGUGGAAGGAAAGAGUGAAUGUGUAAUUAUGCCUACGUGUUUACAGCAGCAGCAUAAGGCAAGACGCCUACGAUAUCAGCAGAAGAAAGUAGAAACUAUGUUCCAACUUCCUGUCAACAACCUUGGCAGUUUAAGAAAAGCCCGGAAAACUGUGAAAAAGAUACUAAGUGACAUCGGUUUGGAAUACUGUAAAGAGCAUAUAGAAGAUUUUAAGCAGUUUGAACCGAAUGACUUCUAUCUGAAAAACACUACAUGGGAAGAUGUUGGAUUGUGGGACCCUUCACUUACAAAAAAUCAGGACUAUCGGACAAAACCCUUUUGCUGCAGUGCAUGUCCAUUUUCCUCGAAGUUCUUUUCUGCCUACAAAAGUCAUUUUCGGAAUGUUCAUAGUGAAGACUUUGAAAACAGGAUCCUUCUUAAUUGUCCCUACUGUACUUUCAAUGCAGACAAAAAGACUUUGGAAACGCACAUUAAAAUAUUUCAUGCUCCAAAUGCCAACACACCAAGUGGAGGCAUCAGCACUUUUAAAGAUAAAAACAAGCAUGAUAGCCUUAAACCUAAGCAGGCUGACAGUGUAGAACAAGCUGUUUAUUACUGUAAGAAGUGCACUUACCGAGAUCCUCUCUACGAAAUAGUUAGAAAGCACAUUUACAGGGAACAUUUUCAGCAUGUUGCUGCACCUUAUAUAGCGAAGGCAAGUGAAAAGUCACUCAAUGGGGCUGUAUCCUUAAGUUCCGGUACUCGAGAGGAAGGCAUGAUUCACUGCAAACGAUGCCUUUUUAUGCCGAAGUCAUAUGAAGCUUUAGUACAGCAUGUCAUUGAAGACCAUGAGCGUAUAGGAUAUCAGGUGACGGCAAUGAUAGGGCACACUAAUGUGGUAGUUCCAAGAUCCAAACCUUUGAUGCUAAUUGCUCCAAAACCACAGGAUAAAAAGCCUAUGGGUCUUCCUCAGAGGAUGGGUCCCCUGUCUCCUGGAAACGUCCGGUCUCUUCCAUCGCAGCAAAUGAUGAAUAGACUGAAUAUACCAAAGCCUACGCUAAAUUCCAGUGGAGUGAAUAUGAUGUCCAAUGUUCACCUACAGCAGAAUAACUACGGAGUGAAAUCAGUGCCACCAAGUUAUGUUAGUCACACGGGAGGAAGGCUAAACUUAACUGGUAGCUCCCCAGUUUCCUUGUCCCAGCAGUCUCAAUCAAUGAAGCAGUUUUCCCCAAGUGGAAAUGGAAGACCUUAUCCCCUUGGUGGGGAACCAAGAUCACAGGCUUCAGCAAGGUACUCUCUUCAGUCUGCCAACUCAUCUUCACUUUCAUCAGGCUCACUGAAAUCAACAUCAUUAGCUCAGUCUCAGGCAGCAUCCAGGGUAUUAGCCCAGUCCACACCCAAGCCUCUUGGAGCUGGUGCUACAGGUGCUGCUGCUGUUAACACUUCAUCGACUCAGAAAUGGAAAAUCUGUACAAUCUGUAAUGAGCUGUUCCCAGAAAAUGUGUACAGUGUUCAUUUUGAGAAAGAGCACAAGGCUGAAAAGGUGCCUGCAGUAGCUAACUAUAUAAUGAAAAUACAUAAUUUUACUAGCAAAUGUUUAUACUGUAAUCGCUACUUGCCUACUGACACAUUGCUUAACCACAUGUUGAUUCAUGGUUUGUCUUGUCCCUACUGUCGUUCAACUUUCAAUGAUGUUGAAAAGAUGGCUGCUCAUAUGCGAAUGGUUCAUGUUGAUGAAGAAAUGGGACCUAAAACUGAUUCCACUUUAACCUUUGAUUUAACAUUGCAGCAGGGUAGUCACACCAAUAUACACUUGCUUGUAACUACCUACAAUUUGAGGGAUGCCCCUGCUGAAUCUGUAGCUUAUCAUGCUCAAAAUACUCCUCCAGUUCCUCCGAAGCCACAGCCAAAAAUUCAGGAGAAGGCAGAUAUACCUGUAAAAAGUUCUCCACAAGCAGCAGUUCCAUAUAAAAAAGAUGUUGGGAAAACACUUUGCCCUUUGUGUUUUUCAAUCUUGAAAGGACCCAUCUCCGAUGCACUGGCACAUCAUUUAAGGGAGAGGCAUCAAGUUAUUCAAACAGUUCAUCCGGUAGAGAAAAAGCUCACAUACAAAUGUAUUCAUUGUCUUGGCGUGUACACCAGUAACAUGACAGCCUCUACUAUAACACUGCACCUCGUCCAUUGUAGGGGUGUGGGGAAGACACAAAAUGGUCAAGACAAAUCAAAUGUUCCCUCUCGGCUUAAUCAGUCUCCAGGUGCAGGACCCGUGAAACGUACUUAUGAACACAUGGAAUUCUCUCUCUUGAAGAAAAGGAAAAUUGAUGAUGAUGAUUCCCCUUCUGUCUUUGAAGAGAAGCCUGAAGAACCUGUAGUACUAGCUUUAGAUCCCAAGGGUCAUGAAGAUGAUUCUUAUGAAGCCAGAAAAACAUUUCUUACAAAAUAUUUCAAUAAACAACCAUAUCCCAGUCGGAGGGAGAUUGAAAAGUUAGCUGCCAGUCUUUGGCUAUGGAAAUCUGACAUUGCUUCACACUUUAGCAACAAAAGGAAAAAAUGUGUUCGAGAUUGUGAAAGGUAUAAACUGGGUGUUCUGCUUGGAUUCAAUAUGAAAGAACUAAAUAAAGUUAAACAUGAAAUGGACUUUGAUGAUGAAUGGCUUUUUGAAAAUCAUGAUGAAGAAAAUUCUAGAGUCAAUGCUAGCAAAACUGUAGAUAAAAAAAUAAACCUAGAGAAAGAUAAUGAAAGUUCCUCAGACAGUUAUGAGAAUAUAGAAGAGGAAUUUAAUGAAAGCAAUAGUCCAUUUGCAGAAUCUGUUUCUAACUCUGGUCAUAAAACAUCCAUGAAUAGCAUAAAUGAGAACCCAGAUGAAAGCAUAUCUAAGGAGACACCUGAAGAAACAACCUUGGAGUCUUCAGAGAAAACAGACCAAAAAGAGGAAGAAGGAAACCCAAAAUACAAAGAUAGUUGUCCUGUAGAAGAACCAGCAAAGCUGGUAGCUGAUGGUUCAGACAGUGAAGGUGACCAAGAAGAUCAAGAUGAUGCUGUUGAAUGGAAAGAUGAAGCAUCACCAUCUGAAAGUGGACCUGGUUCUCAACAAGCAUCUGACUUUGAGGAUAACACGCCUGAAGUGAAACCAGAAACAUGGACAGAUGAAUCAUCCCAAAGUGAAGAUAUUAAUAAUAGUAAACCAGUGGCAGAAACAAAAGGUGUUGCAUCUGAGAGUGAUGAAGAACAGUCAAAGUGGAAGAAUAGUUCCUAUGGAAAAGUAGGCGAGUUUUGGUCUAAAGACCAGUCACAGUGGAAAAAUUCAACAGAAAUUGAAGAGAGCUUGUCAAAUCAGCAAAUGGAAUGGCAGAAUAGCACAAUUGACAGUGAGGAUGGAGACCAGUUUGACAGCGUGACUGAUGGGGUUACAGAAUCAAUGCAUAGCAGCCUAACUGGGGUAGAGCUGAGUAGCCAGCAAGCAUAAGCUGUUCCACUCCCUAGCCUCAGUAUCUUCCACUUGACAACUGUCUAAACACUUACAUUUCAGAAUGACUGCUAAAGCUCAUUGUAACUGGUACUGCCUUUUGAGUGCAAGGUCAUUGGCUAGUGGCUGCGAGGCCACCAAUUCCAGUUCAUAUUGCAAAGUAUGCUGUUGGCAUACUCACUUGAGAGUAUCUGCUGUGAUGAGCACAGUAACUUAAUGUGAAAACUGAUAACGCUUGGUGGCUCCAGUUCACUGAAGAAAAGCAAAGGUUUAUUUUAUCGGCAUUUUCAACGUUUAUUUCACUCUGUAUAUGUUCAGCUGUAUGUCUUUUUAAACAUUACCCUUUUCCACAUGGUAGUUAUAGGGCCAACAUAAGAGCUACCAAUUCAAUGUGUAUAGUAGACUCUGGGAAAAUUGUUUUUUCAUGUAUCAUUCUGAAUAGUUGAAAUGUAUAUUUGUACAGUCUUUUAGACCUAUUCAAGUGAUGCUUAUGCUAUUGUUCUUGUGUACCCAUCAUAGAUUUGGUUCUCUUUUUUUUUAGUGUUGCCCUGCUGUGUAAUAAAUGCUGUAUCUAGUUUACCUAGCAAAAAGCUUGAAACUGCUAUAGUAAGAAUUUUGACAGACUUAGUUUUUGCACAUAACCUUGUACAAUCUCAAAACAGAGGCCAGCAACAUAAAAUAUAUCUGGACUCUAUUGUAUUAUAGAAUUUUCUUGUUCUUGAAUAUCCUUGACAUUACAACGGAUGACUAUGUAUUUCAGAGCCAUUUUCUGAAAUCUUUUAAGCUAAAAAAUUCACAUGCAAGAAACAAGUUUGCAGCUACUAAUUUUGACACCUUUUAGAUCUGUAUAAAAGUGUACUGUGUUAAAGCAGCAUACGGAAAUGGGUGCUGCAUUUUUUGGAUAUUUAGUUUUAUCUUUAGUUAACACCAACAUGGUGUUGUAUUCAUUUAUACCAUCUAAUAUAUGACACAUUGUUGUAGUAUGGAUAAUUUUGUGAUCUUUAUUUCCCCUUUGUAUUCAUUUAAGCAUCUAAAUAAAUUGCUGUAUUGUGCUUAAUGUAAAA